AUGAAAGAGGUAUUGGCUGGGUUAUGGUGCAUGGGGCUACACAUGAGACCCUGCAGAUUUGUCAUCGGGGCUUCACACAUGGUGAUUGUUGCACAUGGUCGUGCUCCAAGGACAACAGUGAUCAUUGACAUUGAAUUGAAUUUAAUAGCGCUUUCUACUGCCUCUGGGGUCUCAUUAAUGAUGACAAACACUUCCGAAGAGUUAGGGAAGCAUUCAACCUCAGUGUAUCGUGUGAGAGAAGACAGUGAAUACGUUCGGCUGGUUAUAUCCAACGAAACAAGGACGGCAGAAGCUGAUAUCUUGCAGCCACAAUCAGAAACAAGAGUUAAAUCUUUUUUGUGGUGGAUUAGAGCCUUAGCUGGGUGCCUUGUUAUCAUUAUAUUUCUUCUCAUUUUCUUAAAAUGGGGGAUGCCAUUUCUUUUUGAAAAGGUUCUCUUGCCAAUAUUGCAGUGGGAAGCCACUGCCUUUGGCCGUCCUGUUCUUGCCCUUGUUCUUGUUGCUUCUCUCGCUUUGUUCCCUGUGGUCUUAAUACCUUCUGGCCCUUCCAUGUGGUUGGCUGGAAUGAUUUUUGGUUAUGGCUUUGGGUUUGUUAUAAUCAUGGUUGGAACAACUAUUGGAAUGGUCCUGCCAUAUUUGAUUGGUCUGUUUUUCCGUGACCGCAUCCAUCAAUGGUUAAAGAGAUGGCCCCGGAAUGCUGCAAUGAUUAGACUUGCUGGGGAAGGUAGUUGGUUCCAUCAAUUUCGAGUGGUUGCUCUCUUUAGGGUUUCACCCUUUCCGUACACAAUCUUCAACUAUGCAAUUGUGGUUACCAGUAUGACAUUUUGGCCCUACUUAUGCGGAUCAGUUGCUGGAAUGGUGCCAGAAGCUUUCAUUUACAUCUACAGUGGUCGCUUAAUAAGGACAUUUGCAGAUGUUAAUUGCUUUUACUGUUUAUGCAAAAAUGCUUUAAACGAGCUUAAAAGAGAAGAAGAAACUAGUGGAGUGGAAGCAUCUGCCUCGGCCCAUGGCAGUUUAGAGAUGGAGAAAGCUUCCUGUUGA